AUGGCCACACAUGUGUUAAAAAAUGGCCAAAGAGCAUCUAGUAUAGCAAAGUUCUACCUCAAUAAAAGGGUGGAUGUUGUACUGAGGGUAAAAGCACUAGCGAAAAGACUUCGUAUAUGUUCUAAACUACAUAAUGAGGUUAAUUAUGGAUAUGGUAAGAACAUAGAAUUGAGUCGCAAAAAGUUGGAAAAUGAUCCUGUCGAUUACAUCAAGGUUUCAUCGAUUAUUCUGGAAGAGCUAAUUGUAAAAAGCAGUUUUUUAUCUAGCUCAGACUGUAUCGUUAUUUUUGGUUUACUAUCCAGAAUAAAAUCUCCUCUACUCCGCAUCGGAUCAGGGGUAAUUAAUCAAGAAGAAAACACUCCCGGAGACAGUAUAACUACUACUUCUUCUAAAGAGUCAGAUGAAGAAAUAUCAAAAGUUAUAUGGAAAACCCAAAUUGUAUUUUUAAAGUUGAUUAUGGGUUUUGAGAAGAAACAAUCAUUAACAAAUAAAGAAAGAUACUACUUCAUAUGCUCAUUAUCCAGGGAAUGCUCGAUUAUAAACUGUGACACAUGGUUCCAACUCUUUAAAAAUGUGAGAGAAGUCUUAAUAACAAAGGGAUCAGAUUCUGUGUUCAGGUAUAAACCUUAUGAAAUAGCUAAUCUUAUUCUAGUCUAUGCACAAAUUUCUAGAUGGGCUAAAAAGAGACAAAAUAAUUCUGGUAAACACGACUCUAAAUCAAAGCCAGACGAAUCGUCCGAGUUACAAGAGGUCAAUUCCGAUAUAUCCAAACAUAUGCUUAAAGCAAAUGAAAAUGAUGAUCCAUUUAAUCUAAAUUUUAUUAGUUUAGGAAUCUCAAAGUUACUUCCAAAUUUAGGAGAAAUAAAAAAUGACAAAAUUAUAAAACUUUUGUAUUUAUUGACAUCUAAAGGAAUGUACAAUAGCGUUUUUUUCCAGAGUGCAUACAUACACUUAGCCUCUAGUGGAACUCUAGAAAAUAUGAAAGUUUCAGAUCUGAUGACGAUUUUCAAGAUCUACAGCAGAGUUUGUAUAUCCAAACUAUUAGGAUCAACCGAGAUGUUUCACUAUACCUUUUCGAUACCAUAUCUGGAUACAUUAUCUAGUGAGAAUAUUAAAAUGCUUAAUUUGUCCAUUCCAGAAAUUCCCGAUCUAAAGAAUACCUUUUUGAAGAACUCCAAAAGUUUAAUAUCUACGGGAAACACAGAAGAGCUCGAUAUAGCAUUGGAAAUUACGGAAUCAUUAUGUCUCAUCACCCUAAAUAUAUUAAUUGAGCAUAUACUAAAAAUCUCAAAGAAAGAGAUACGUAGCGUAAUGAAAGAUUUUUCUCUAGAUGGAAUUACAGAGCUAUAUGAUGAAGGUUGGAAAUGGAUUGAUAUUAUAAAAAUAUCUAAAAGAUAUUCGGAUUUAGGAGAUACAAAUUCUGCCGCAGAAUCCGAUUAUACAGAUCAUCAACUAGAAUCUCUCAUACGAAACAUGUCUCAUUUGGCCUUCUUGACCAAGGCCCUCUCACAAAGUUUAGCCCUGUGCUCUUAUAAAUACGGUCGUUGCCUCAAAAGAAUUCGUUUUUUCCAUGAAAAACUAAGAACAUUGUUGAUUAUAAUGACAAAAGGUUCAAAAGAUAUCAGUGAGAACCGGCCCACUCUAGAAGAUGCAAUUAUAAAACUUAUAGACACUACUUAA